AUGUUUCAAUCCUCACACACCCCGUAUUGUGCAUGCCCUGUAGCCCCAGUGGAGCCUGUUAUUGUUGCUACGGUAACGACGAGUCUCAAUUCCGAGGCUUCCUUCCGGGUAUCAACUGGUAGCGGCGCGUCUGGGUCUAGUGUACCCGAAAGCCCCGGGUCUGGAGCUGUGCGGAGAGUGAAACACACAUCCAAGUCAUCAUUGUCCAAACAGAACAGAAAUUCACGAGAAACCAAUGUUGAUGACAUUCUUGGAAAACCAGAAAUAAGAAAGUCUCGAGAAACUAAUUUAGACGACAUUAUUGCCGAACAACAAUUAGGUGGCAGCAUCAGCAUUGAUGAUUUGGUUCCAAAUCACAAAACUGCUGGAGUGACCUUUGAGGAUAUAGUUGAGGAUUCACAAGCGUUCAUUAGUAACAAAUACUAUGCCCAGCCUGUUUCACCGGUCACACCCACCUCUAACUUCCAACGGUCAGAGUCCGCCAGAUACCCGCCUAAAUCCCCUCAACUGAUUGAAGAAUUGAAAGCCAAGAACUUUGAUCGCUCAAAAUCCGAACGCAAAGCUAAGAAUAAGGGAAAGAAAGAGAAGGCAGUAAAUGGUGAUGAUGACCAGAUGCGGUCUCCGGCCAAGUCAGACACGCUCCGCUCCACGGACAGCGCCAGCGGCGGUGAGACACUGGAGGAGUCAGGACGCAGCAGCAAAGAGGGAUCCCCCACCAAGGAGCAUCCAUCACCGACAAAGGAGAAGAAAAAGAAGAAGAAAUUUAGAAUGCCAUCGUUCUCGAAAAACAAGAAAAAUAAGGAAGGCAAAGAAAGUUCAAUUUGAAAGCACAUGUAUUAGUUCAAUGCAUAAUGCAGACAUCUUAUUGUCGUGAUAGUUUUUUUUUUAAUAUUUGUAUUCAAUAUGUAUACCUUAUCUUGCAUGUGAUUGGACAGUCCAGCUGAGGUAAUGGUCACAUGAUUAAAAUGCUGAUUUCUGAUUGGUUUACAAAACAGCAGCAGCUUACUGCUGUGGUUGAAUGAAUUUACCAAUAUUUUUCAAAAAAGAUUUUUCUAUUUAUUUUACAAAAGUAAUUGAAAUAACACAUUUAUUAGAAAACCAGCUUUGUGUACAUCCAUUAAAAUGUGUUCUUAAAUAUUUCCCUUCAAAGUUGCAAUAAUCUGUCGUUCAAACUGAAAGGUUGACCUGUGUGUGAAGCUGUUUGUCCGAAGCACUCUUCCUGUGCAUUAAAAUUGCAAGACCUUGUAUGGUAUAUUGUAGCCUCAGCCUUAUAGGAUUUCAUAUUAAACAUUUGUUACCUGGCUUGCCCUUACAAUGUUUAUGAUCAGUUUCAGAUUUUCAGAUGAAAGACAAGUGGUACUUAAAGCAUGAGCUUUGAAUAUAAUUAUUGCUUUCAGUAAUUUGAAAUGAAAAAUGUAAAAACAUCUGGUUUGCUGUGUUACUAUUCAAGAAUUGCAUGCUGGUGACUUACGAAGUUUUCAAAGCAGAGAUGCUUAUCUAUGAAAAUUGUGUUGUUAAGAAACUUUGUGGAAGUUAACAACCAAGGUAACACCAAAUCAUGCACUUGAUGUCAUUUGUUUUUUUUAAGCAGAAUCUAAAUGAUCUAAAAUAUUGAUGCAUCAUUUCAUCAUGUACAUUCAUUUUACUCAUUUCUGAUUUUUACUUAUUUUAAUUGUUCACCUGGUUUUUAUUGCUGCUCUUCCAUGUAUUUCACUAGCUUGUAGUCUUUAUAAAAUGGAAUAUUUAGCUCCGGGUCCUGCUGAUGAAUGCGGGAUGGUAUUCUUAUAAUGGUGCCUGGGACUUCUAGAAAGCUUAUGCAAUAAUACAUUAUUCAGCACAGAUACUACCGGUAGUUUGUACAACUGUCCAAACCAUUUCUUGUCCUGCUUGUAUUCAACUUUGUUUGUUUUGUUGCACUUCAACGGUGAACAGAUGUUACAUUGCUUUUUGUUCAUGUUAAAUGAUGCUUUGUAUUUUGAUGAAUUAUUGAAAGAAAAGAACAGUGUCAUAUAUCAGGCUUUGUUGCAUUUAUUAGAAAGAUAUUGACCUGAUAUUGGAAUAAGCUUGCAUUUGUUUACAUUCUAUGAACUAUAAGAAAAAAGCCCAAUGCCAAUAAAAUGAAUUAUAAUUUGAAUGCUUAAAAAACUUUUUGCCAAUUUGUUUGGUUAACUCUCCACAUAAAAAUAAAGAGAUGAAGCAUAAACACAAUAUUUCAAAUGUGUCUAGUUAUUUGUCUAUGAAUGUAUCAUGAUAUAUCUGUCGACCAGACUGGUUCCAAGUCACUAAAUGUUCUUUUUUUAGGGAAAUGUGCAAAAUGAUAUAUACUUUCUGCUUUGUGUGAACAUGUAUGUAAAAAUGCUUAAUUUGGUGAAUUUGCCAUUGUUCUUGCAUUAAUUAAUACUGAACUUAAAAAGACAUUUUUAAAGUAUGACUGUCAUUCAGAAAUGAAGUUGUAAUUUCGGAGCUCAUAAUAACCUCUCCAAUUUUGAUCCUGAAUACGAAAAAACUCAACUGUUCCUAGUUGAAACAUUAGUAAUAUUCAUCUUAUUAACUUUAUUCUUAGGAUGGUCAAUUUCAAACUUGUCUAGGAAAAUAAUUGUUUAUGUCAUUGCUAAUAUUAUGGAAUCAUGUAUUGCAUAAAAUGCUUUCUUGUUUUGUGUUUGUUUCUUUAAGAAACGGAAACAGAACUGUUGCAAGAUUCCAUUAGUCAAAACAUGCAAGUGUAGGAUCUUUGGAAUUUUUGUUUUGUUCCUUUCGUCUUACACCUUCAAAGAUCUGGGCUUUUAUAUUAAUGCAGAGUUGACAGUGUUUUUCUCCUGUGUAAAUGUGAGUGUUUUGUGUCACUCUCUGAAGUAUUCACUUGUGUUUGUGAGAGAAAAUGCUUUCGAGAAAUUGUUAAAAGUACCGCCUGUGUAAUGCCUUUUUUAAUGUGUACACAAAUAUAAUAUUCAUGUUUCAAGUACAUUUUCGUCAUAGUGUCUAGGUAUUGUACAUUUAUAGUGUCUAUCUUCGCAUUGUCUUAUUUUUGUGUAUAAUUUUUUUUUAUUUUUAAUGGGAUUUGGGGUUCCUUGUGAACACUUUGGAAACUAUAUUGGCAUCAUCUGUACAGUUUGUAAGUGUAGUGGACCCACUAUUUGGGAGAACAGUUGAACAUGAUACUGUACUUUCAAUAUUUCAGGCGUUCUUUAUAUCUCUCUCAAAGACACCAAGUUCUAGGCCCAGGAAAUGGACUCUAGAGCAUUUAACCUUUAAAUAAAUGCAAUAAAGCUAAAAUAAAUAGAUUUCAGCUAACUUAAUAUAUAAUGCAUUGAGUUUCAAUACUAAGACAAUGAACCAAAAUGCUCAAUAUUGAUGGUCAUGAAAAUGAACGUUUGAAAUUAAAUUGUUGAAUUACAUUAUUUUAACCAUGCAAUAUUAAGCCCUUACAUUUAUAUGUUUUUUUCUUUAUUUAAAUGUUUAUUUAAUAUGAUGUUGCUAUGAUUAUAUUUGCCACAUUUUUUCUGUCCCGAUUGAAAGUCAUAAUGGAAUCUGUCGGUGUUGAAUGUUUUCCUCUUUUUAUAGCAUUGUUCGGGUUAAUUAAUUGAAUGUAUCUUGCCGUAUGAAUCAUAAGGGUUCCAAGUUUUUUUUGUCAUAUAAUCGUUUCAAGUAGUCAAAAUAUUUCUUAAUUUAUAUUGACAAUUUAGUGUAACAUACAUAUUAAUAUGUAACGAUAAUUUGUCAUAAUCUACAUAGGCAGUACAUAUAUAUCAAUAUUAUGCAGUAUAUCAUGUAUUUGGGAUACCCAAACAGAUAUUGAAUAUAUGGUCGAUACUAUGAUUAUGGUCAUUAUAGUUUUAUAACUUUAACUUUAUUAUAAUAAAACUAUGUCAAUAAUGUAUAUGAAUGUAGAAGUGCAUCUUAUUAUAAUUUUUGAGUCUCAAUGUAGUAGUAUGUAUCAUAUCCAAUUAUUGCUUAAGAUUUGUAUGUCAUUUAUGUUGAGUAGAUUGUACAUGUAUUCAAUUUAACUGGCAACAGGUAUAGUCUUUGUAUAAAUAAGAUAUUGUUUCAAACCAAACUUUCACUUACUCUUCUUUUUGUAUUCUAUAAUGAAUAAGUAAAGAAAGCAGAGAUGCUUCGUUCCUCAACUUAUUGAUUCAAAUACCCUUACCAAGAAAUGCUUUUAAAAGGGCCAAAUGAAAAACAAGUCAACAAAUUUAGAACUACAAUAAAAUCUGCAAUAAAUUGGAAAUAUGUAUUGUCUUGUUUUGGAGAACAUGCUGCAGUCUACAUGUCUGUUAACAAUAUUGUGUCACAUGUAUUCCAGCUAGUCUAGAUAAGGAUUAAGGCAGAUUGAUCAUUCUCUUUGUUGUACAUUUUGCUCUGUUUCUUCUGUGUUUUCUGUGUUAACAAGCCAUACAUACAUUUCUCUAAGCUUCUAGUGAGCCACUUUGUAAAUGCGGUGUCCAAUAAAACAACAAAUUCUCAACAUAUA